AUGAUUUCAUUGGUUCAUCAGGCCCCCGCUCUGUGGCCGACGGCAUACUGGGGACCUCAGACGGACACUGCAAUGGAAGCUGACCCGGGUGCCGCUAGCCUCGGGCCCCGCACAGAGCUGGACGAUGAAGACUACUAUCCCCAGGGCGUCUGGGACACGGUCUUCCUGGUGGCCCUGCUGCUCCUGGGGCUGCCGGCCAACGGGCUCAUGGCGUGGCUGGCUGGCUCGCAGGCUCGGCAGGGAGCGGGCACGCGGCUUGCCCUGCUCCUGCUCAGCCUGGCCCUCUCGGAUUUUUUGCUCCUGGCGGCAGCGGCCUUCCAGAUCCUGGAGAUCCAGGGCGGAGGGCACUGGCCGCUGGGGACGGCAGCCUGCCGCUUCUACUACUUCCUGUGGGGCGUGUCUUACUCCUCUGGCCUCUUCCUGCUGGCGGCCCUCAGCAUGGACCGCUGCCUGCUGGCACUGUGCCCACACUGGUACCCGGGGCACCGCCCGGCCCGCCUGCCCCUCUGGGUCUGCGCCGGGGUCUGGGUGCUGGCCACGCUCUUCAGUGUGCCCUGGCUGGUCUUCCCAGAGGCCGCCGUCUGGUGGUAUGACCUGGUCAUCUGCCUGGACUUCUGGGACAGCGAGGAGCUGCCGCUGCGGAUGCUCGAGAUCCUGGGGGGAUUCCUGCCUUUCCUCCUGCUGCUCGUCUGCCACGUGCUCACCCAGGCUGCCGCCUGCAAGACCUGCUGCCGCCGCCAGCCAAGACCCACGACCAGCCGUGGCUUUGCUAAUGUGGCCAAGACCAUUUUGUCAGCCUACGUGGUCUUGCGGCUGCCCUACCACCUGGCGCAGCUGCUGUACCUGGCCUUCCUGUGGGACAUCUACCCUGGCUACCUGCUCUGGGAAGCCCUGGUCUACUCCGACUACCUGAUCCUGCUCAACAGCUGCCUCAGUCCCUUCCUCUGCCUCCUGGCCAGUGCCGACCUCCGGGCCCUGCUGCACACCGUGAUCUCCUCCUUUGCGGCAGCUCUCUGCGAAGAAUGGCCCGCCAGCUUCACACCGGCCGAGCCGCAGACCCAGGUGGAUCCUGGGGGUCAGACUUUGCCAGGGCCUAUGGCCGGGGCCCAACCCCAGGUGACCUCCACGGCCCAGCCACAGGCAGACCCCACAGCACCGCCACAGUUGGAUUCUGUGGCCCCCCCACAGGUGGACCCCACAGCACAACCACAGUUGGAUUGUGUGUCCCCCCCACAGGUGGACCCCACGGCACCGCCACAGUUGGAUUCUGUGGCCCCCCCACAGGUGGACCCCACAGCACAGCCACAGUUGGAUUCUGUGGCCCCCCCACAUUCAGAUUUUGUGGUCCAGCCUCAGCUGAACUCCUCAGCUCAGCCACAGGUGAACCAUGAGGCCCAGCCACAAGUAGCCCCUAAGGCCCAGACCCCCGGACCCGCUGCCGGCUCAGCCCCCAGCCCCUGUGAUGAAGUCUCUUCUGCUCCAUCCACAGAUCCCACCCCAGAAGCCCCUGAGAACCCAGCUGUGCCUGCUGUCUCUGAGGGAGAGAACCCCAGCAGUGUCCCCCCAGAGGAGGCCCCUGGGACAGGCCCCACGUGA